AUGCAGGUCCCAAAGAACGACAGUGUGCAAGCUAUGAUGACCUAUGUUGCGCAAAUGUUGCAAAAUCAGGGACCGUACGGAGGAUGGAAGGCAGAGGUUCUAAUCAAGACCCGGGCGACCAAUGUUUAUCAAAUGAUCACCUCCCUCCGUUUGAUCCAACCUCGCAUCGAUCUCCACCAAGCGGCCCAGGCGGCCAUGAGUUUCGAAUUAAAAGCAUUCACCAAAGCCAACGAGAAGAUCGAAUAUGAGAAGGAAUGCACGGAAAAGCUUCUUCACAUAAGGAACACACGAGAGAGACAGGCUGCGGUCGCUUACCAAAGUGGAAUGAUGUCCCAGACGGGCGCUGGUCAGAAUCAAAUUCCAGGCGCUUUUCCGCAGCACAUGAAUCAGAUGCAGGCAUCCCCGGUUUCUGGCCAACAGCAGAUGGCAAUGGGCAUGAAUGGGCAGAACCAGCAGGCAGCAAUGCAGCAACAGCGACAGCAACAGCAGUCGCAGGCGAUGCUCCACCAGCAGCAGCAACAACAGCAGCAGCAGCAACAACAACAGCAGCAGCGACCCCAACAGCGCCCUGGCAAUGGAAUUCCCAUGGUCGACGACCUCAGCACCCUUUCAGCCCAAGACCUUGACCAUGUCUCUCGACUAGCAAACGAGAUGUUGAAUAAAACCAGCCCGGAAGAUAUGGAGAAGAUCAAAAUGAACCUAUCAAACAUGACACCCGAGCAGCGGCAAUAUCUGGCACGGAAGAAUCUUGAGCCAAUGACCUAUUUCUUCCGCUCUCAGGCUCUCAACCAGAUCAGACGCCAUCGUCGCGCUCGUUUAGAAAUGGGGGGACGUGGGCCAAAUGGCGGGGUGGAUGCGAAUGGUAACAUGAUGGGAGAUCCCAUGAUGAAUUCUCAACACCAGCGACAGAUGCUUCAAAACAUGUUAAACCUUCAACGCAAUUCCGCAUUUCCGGGAAAUCCCGGUCAGACGAUGGAACCCCCGAACUUCAUUGGCAAUGUGGAAAACAUCCAAGGACAGCAAGCAGAUGGCCUGCGCUCACAGGAGGCUGGUCAGCUAGUCGUUCCUGCAAGCUCUUCUCAAAUGAACCAGGCCCCAUUCCCGAAUAAUAACAACAACAUGUUCCCACAGCAGAUGGGCCAGAAUGGCCAGCCGACAAUGAACGCCAAUAAUCCAAACGCCCAGGCUCAGUUCCUUGCCCAGCAACAGCAUAUGCAGGGUGGGCCCAAUGCUCCCCAGGAUCGAAUGCAGUUCCAGGCACAGUCUCAGGCUCAAGCGCGCGCACAAGCGGCGCAGAAGGCGCAGAUGGCGAUGUCGGGUCAUGGUGGCCAAGUGACCCCCCAAUCACAGCCACAACUGAAUGGACAAAGCCCCGUCAUGCCUAUGCUGAAUCAACCCAUGGCCCCGGGUCAGAUGUCUCCGGUACAGGUGCCCCCGCAAGCCCGACCACCGUCCCGACCUGCAAACAUGGGCCAGCACCCGGCUGGCGUUGCUGGACAGGCUGCGAUGCAAGGUCAGGUCCAAAUGCCUCCCAAUAUUCCGCCCCACAUCCAGGAACAACUCGCUCGUAUGCCUCCUGAACAGGCUCGGGCUAUUAUCAUGCAGCAACGUCGUGCCGCUCUCAAUAAUAUGGCUCGAGCCAACCCCGGCCAGCAACCGCAACAUCAACCGGGCCAAGCCCAAGCAAUGAUGAAUAACCAGAUGGGCAACGCCAUGAUGAGAGGCUCGAUGGGUGCCCCGCAGGAUAUGAACUCGGGAAUACCUCAAGGCCAGCAAAUGACUCAGCUGCAACGUCAACAACGCCAAAACGAAGUUUAUAAGCUCCAACUGCUGCGGCAGCAAAACAAUGGCGUGGAGAUGACCCCUGAGCAGGCCAAGCAAAUGGACCGCAUAUCUUUCCCACCGUCUAUUCUGAACAUGAAUGGCACUUCGAUGCAAGUCCCUAACAAUGUUAAAUCAUGGGGCCAACUCAAGCAAUGGGCAAAUUCGAACCCUCAAAUUGCAAGCCCCAACGACCUCCCGCGUCUCAUGAUGCUCCAGAAACUUCAUCUUGGCCAAAUGAUCUCAGCUUCUGCGAAUCAAGUGAGGAAUGGCCAGGGUCCAGCGCCAACUCCAUUCCAAGGCACUCCGGCUCCGUUUACUAAUGCGCCAGGCUUCCCUCCUGGUCAACAAGCCGCUGCUAUGAAUAUGGCAGCCAUGCGGCCAAUCUCCGCGCAAGACAUUUCAAUGGCUCGUCAAAAGCUUGGACCCCAGGCGUCAACCUUUACUGAUGAGCAGAUUCGGGAGAUUCUGUACCGAAACCGCCAAAAGCAGAUGAUGCAGGCUGCACAGAACAGAGCAAUGCAACUUGAUGGAAACGCGCACCCAGGUCAGCUAAAUCAACCGGCGGUCACUCAACCUCCGGUCCCUGCAGUACAGCCUGUCCCCCAAAUCAAGCCACAGCAUCCUCAACCGCCGCAAACGACCCCUCAAGCGGCGAACGCAAAGACUCAAACUGCAGCCGCGGCUAAAGGUGCCAAGGGUGCUACCGGGAAGCAAGCCUCAAAGAAGAGACCCAACGCAGAUGAUCCGGCAGAAGCUCGAGCUACAGCUACGCCCCAGAUGAGCCAGCCUGUGGCAGUUCCAGGCGCUCCAGGCACGACCCCCCAACGGCCAGGUCUCCCUUUCACACAGGAACAUCUUGCACAAAUGACUCCUCAACAGCGAGCUCAGGUUGAGGCACACAUGCGGAGGCAACAGUCUCAAAGCCGGGGCCAGGUACUCAGCAGAGCUGCCGCCGACGAGGCAUGGAACAGGAACCUACCGGCCCAAGUUAUGGAGGUUUAUAAUGACAUCGCCAAGAACGCUCCACCCGCGAAACCUAUACCCGUCUCGCCCGAACAGAAGGCCGCCAUGACUAAACAACUGCGUGAAGCCUUGGAUGCUCUCGGCCGCUUAGAUGCCCUUGUACAAUGGUUUGCAAAGAUGCAUGGCCAGGAGAAGAAUGUUAAGAACCUCCUCGCUAUGCGUAUCCAAUUGAUGAGGCAGUUCAAGCCCUCGCAGGAUUGGGUUGUAAAUGACCAUUUUACAGUGACUCCCGAUUACCUCACUGGUGCUGUCCUUUUUAUGCGAAAGUUGUUCGCAGUGAUGAUUUCUCGCAUGCAACAACAGGGUCAGCGUCCUAACGCCUCCCAACCUCCUACCUCCAACGCCCAGGCAAUGCAAGGCAACAUGCCAGCACUGAACGCGACCAACCUGCAGCAGUUGCAGGCACAGGAAGAAGCCCUGCAGCGAGCCCGGCGCGCCUCUACCCAGUCUGUUGCAAAUGCCCCAGCUGCACCUUUUGCAGCCCCAUCUCCUAGGGGCGUCCCUCAGUAUGCCCCAGGUGGACUUGCACCCGAGAACCUUAAACUGCCUCCCCCCAAAAAGCGGAAGCAGUCUCAUGGCGUGGCAUCGUCCCCGAUUCAAGCAACUGCAGCCCCUGGCGCAGCGGCAAAAUACAACAAAGCGGUGGCGGACGCCACAUCUAAUGCUGCAGCCAUGGCAGGUGCUUUCAAAUGCAGUGUGGUUGAAUGCCAACAUCACUAUCAAGGAUUCCCUACGCAAGCCGUCUUGGAUAAGCACAUCGAAGAAAGCCAUCAACCCGAGGAAGAAGAGAUGAUCGAGGAUUAUCUCAAAUAUUACCAUGAAAGUAUUUCGAUGGGUCUUGGGUUGAACCCCGACGACAGCCCGGAAGCCCAGCAGAUAGCCACGCUCGGAUCAGUGCCGCCCUCCACCAAGCUUAGUGCAGCAGCUUCUCCGGUAAAACAAAGUAUGGCUACCCCUCUCAUUGCCAACAACACGCCCAUGGCUAGGAUCACUAGCCAAUUCGGAGCCAAGACUGCGUCUCCUGCUGCAGCAUCAACUCAGCUGCUCACUCCGCAGUUGUCCACUGUCAAGGGAACAAAGCCUGCUGGCAAAGAUGAAAAGAAGGAUGUUAUCAAACUAGAUGAUAGCGACACAAAGGAUCCCUGGGCGGAGUGCCCCACCUCACUUGAUACAAUCCAUGAUACCUUUUCGAACCUCGCGAGCAAGGAUCUGCCUCACCUUGGCUAUGACUCGCUCGAGGACUUCGAUAUCAAUGAAGCUACUCCGGUGGAUGAUGACUGGGUUGCCUUUGCUAGUCUGACUCCCCCAGACGAGGCCGAAGAGGCUGCUUUCCUGGAGAAGUUUUAUGAACCUUGGGACGAUGAGUCCAUUGCAAGGGCCGCAGAGUGGAUCCGCAUCCCGCCUGAGAUCCAGGUCAAGGGUAUCGGACCUAUGGGCCAACUUGAGGUUGACUGGGAUGCUGUUGCGCGCUACGAGAGGGAAGGCAUUCCCAUCCAAAUGACUUGA